CCCUUCCCUUUCCUUGGCUCGACUAAAUAAGCUUUCUCUCUCUGUCCCUCUCUCUCUAAAAAAAUCAAAUCCAAGACGACGGGGCUUGCUAACUUACGCUGUGGUGUCACUCAGCCCACCCCUCCCCCACCCACCCACCCACCAUCACCAGAACCCUCUCCUUCGUCUCCAAGCUCACCUGCAACUGCAAUGAGGGUCCGAUCUUCUUCCAUUCUCGCAUUCUUCUUCCUCCUUGCUCUCCCUUCUAUCAUUUUUCCCCUCCUCGCCACCGCCGAUUCGGUCCAGUCCAACUCAGCCUCGGAGGAGAUCAAUGCCACCACUAUCCUCGACGCCGACGACGACUCUAACUCUACGCGGUCGAGAUCCAAUGAGGACAGCUUUGCCGACAUGAUCGAUCGGGCGCUGGAGAGAGAGUUCCCCGAGAAUGAGCAGAAUGAAGCCACGGAUGCUGGUAGCUUCAACAACAGUGUUGCCGGGCAGCAGGCUGUUUUGGAAACUGUUGCUAGAGUCAAGUCCAAGAAAAAUGACACCAAAGAGGAAAAGUCAUUUCAGUUUCAUGAUGUUUUCAAUAAUGAGAAUCAAGCUGAAGAUAUGCCAACACUGAUAGAUCGCAAGGACAAUGUUUUUAUUAUAUCUAAUCGGAAGUCAAAGUUUCCUGUGCUUCAACUUGACGCAAGGCUGAUAUCAGACCUUGUAGUCGUCAUUGUCUCUGCAACUUGUGGUGGCAUUGCUUUCGCCUGCGCUGGACAACCGGUUAUUACUGGAUAUCUGCUUGCAGGAUCUGUCAUUGGCCCAGGAGGCUUGAGUUUUGUCAGUGAAAUGGUGCAAGUUGAGACAGUUGCUCAGUUUGGUGUCAUUUUUCUUCUUUUUGCACUAGGCCUGGAGUUUUCUGCUACAAAGCUUCGUGUGGUUCGGGCUGUGGCUGUACUAGGAGGUCUACUCCAGAUUUUCCUGUUUAUGUGCUUAUGUGGAAUAACAGCUUCUUUAUGUGGUGGUAAAUCUUCAGAGGGAGUAUUUGUUGGAGCAUUUCUUUCUAUGUCUUCAACUGCGGUGGUUUUGAAAUUCUUGAUGGAGAAAAAUAGCAUCAAUGCCCUUCAUGGUCAGGUCACAGUUGGCACUCUUAUUCUGCAGGAUUGUGCUGUCGGUUUGCUGUUUGCCUUGCUUCCGGUUCUUGGUGGUACUUCUGGUGUUCUUCAAGGAGUGAUGUCCAUGACCAAAUCGUUGGUGGUUCUGAUAUCAUUUUUGGCUAUCUUGUCAAUAGUAUCUCGUACUUGUGUGCCAUGGUUCCUUAAGCUCAUGAUAAGCCUAUCAUCUCAGACUAAUGAACUCUAUCAACUGGCAUCAGUGGCAUUUUGCUUGCUUGUUGCUUGGUGUAGUGAUAAGCUGGGUUUAAGCCUUGAACUUGGCUCAUUUGCUGCUGGAGUGAUGAUUUCAACUACUGAUCUUGGUCAACAUACACUUGAACAAGUCGAGCCUAUUCGUAAUUUUUUUGCUGCUCUAUUCCUUGCCAGCAUAGGGAUGUUAAUACAUGUUCAUUUUCUAUGGAACCAUGUUGAUAUAUUACUUGCAGCUGUUAUUUUGGUGAUCAUUAUAAAAACUGUUGUGGUUGCUACUGUUGUCAAGGGGUUCGGAUAUAACAACAAGACAUCUCUUCUUGUUGGCAUGUCUCUGGCACAAAUUGGUGAAUUUGCCUUUGUUCUUUUGAGUCGUGCUUCUAAUCUUCAUUUGGUAGAGGGAAAAUUAUAUCUAUUGCUUCUUGGAACGACAGCUCUCAGUCUGGUAACCACGCCAUUGCUCUUCAAGUUGAUUCCUGCUGUUGUUCAUCUUGGGGUCUUAUUGCGGUGGUUUUCUCCAGAUAGCCCAAGCGAGAUUGGACAUAAAGGGGAUAAUCUUCGGUCAGACAGUGCUAAACGGAUUGCUAUCUUGGUCCACGGCUCUCAUGAUUCAUGAUAUUAAACAUAAAACAUGACCCAGAAAAUUGCAAACCGUUUACCUGAUGAGCUUGUUAUACUCUGGAGGACAGGUGCUUAAGAGUGCAAAAGAGGUGGAUUGAGUGAGAGAGAGGUUCCCACCACCACUACGACAAAAGCUCUACUUUCUUGCGCACAUUCAGUACAUAAUAAUACUGAUUCCUGACCAGGCAGGCAUGAGUCAAUUGAUAAUUGAUAACUCAAACCAAGAAAAAGAAAAAGAACACGAAAUCCUACAAGGCAGAUCUAUAAGCCUAAGCUCAUACAUGCCAACAUUACAUUCUAAUUCUUUAAUUAGGUCAUCUUGAUUCGUCUAUUUUCCCAGAUGACCUAUUUUGUGUAAAAUAUCAGCCGGUUUUCUUAUUGAUCUUGCUUGCAAUUCUUUUUUCUUUCCCUUUUUUUGUUCGAGAUGAAAAUGAUUGCAGCUGUGAAACUCCCAAAUGUAUCAUCUUUCAUCCCUAUAAUGAAACCAGUGUUUUUUUAA